AUCCUACCCACUUCCUGUAUCUCACGGGAUGUCGCCUAGUAUAUAAUAGUUUCAUCUCCAACUCAACUUCCUCAGAAAUGCGUGAAUCAAGACAAAAAGAGAAAGAGUUAAAAGGAAACAUUUAAGCAUGAGUGCAGUAAUAGUUACUAUACCAGAUGAAAGGACGACUCCUAAGCAGAAUAAGAAAUCUCAAUUUGCUGUUCUGUCUAGUGUUUCUUCUCUGGUAGCUAGGCAUGAUGCGAGAAGAAUCAUUCACAGUGUCAAAGUUGGAAUUGCCCUGGUUUUGGUUUCACUUCUGUAUCUCCUUGAUCCAGUGUACAAGCAAGUUGGGGAAAAUGCAAUGUGGGCUAUCAUGACUGUCGUCGUGAUCUUCGAAUUCACUGCAGGUGCUACAAUUAGCAAAGGUUUGAAUCGCGGAAUUGGGACAAUAUUGGGUGGUGGACUAGGAUGUUUGGCGGCAAUUUUGGCUGAUGUAGUUGGUGGAAUUGGCAAUGUAGUUGUUGUUGGCACUUCUGUGUUCGUUUUUGGUGCAGCUGCAGCAUACUUCCGAUACGUUCCAACCAUUAAAAGGAGAUACGAAUAUGCAGCCUUGAUUUUCAUUCUUACCUUCAACCUGGUAGUGGUAUCUGGUUUGCGAGCUGAAAAGAUCAUGAAUCUAGCCCGUGAACGGCUCUCAACUAUCGGUAUGGGGUUCACUAUCUGCAUCUUCACAAGUUUGCUCCUGUUCCCCAUCUGGGCUAGUGAUGAGCUUCAUAACUCUUUGGCCUCCAAGUUCGAAAAGCUUGCUUCCUGUGUUGAAGGAUGCCUGGAAGAGUAUUUCAAACCAGUCGAUGAGAAGGAAAGCCAGUGCAGUGCCCAAUUCACCAGUUGCAAAUCAUUGUUAUAUUCAAAGGCCAACGAGGAAUCACUGGCGAACUUUGCUAGAUGGGAACCUUGGCAUGGAAGAUUUGGACUUUUCUAUCCCUGGGACAAGUACCUAGAAAUUGGCAAUGUUCUUAGAGAGCUUGCUAUUUCCAUUAUUGCGCUGGAAGGGUGUCUUCAAUCAUCUUUACAGCCUUCCUCAGCUUUAAGACAGUCAAUUCAAGAACCAUGUGAGGCAGUAGGGUCGCUGCUCGGAUGGAUUCUGAGAGAGCUUGGAGAGAGUAUCAUGAAGAUGGAAAGGUGCAAGCCCAAAGCGCUGAUAGCACCAAAAUUGCAGUCAAUGAAACUAGAGCUUAGCCGGGUCAGUUCUCCUUACAAGCUAGAAGCAGAUGACCAUGGUGGACUUGCUGCGGCCAGCUCUGUGUUCUUAAUGAUGGAGAUGGUUAAAAAGGUUGAAUUAUUAGCAACAAAGGUUGAAGAACUUGGGGAAGUUGCUGGUUUUCAGACCAAGUAG